UUCACGCAUUAUCUUGGCACCUUUCAAACCGCAAACUGUCAGUAUCUUAUCUGUUUUGCUGUCUUGUGCAUUUACCCUCUUCGCCCAAUCACCACGGGAUCUUUUAGACCUGGUAAGACCAGCUACUUACGUACUCCCGCGAUAUAGCUCACCAACACAGCAAAGCCCUCAACAUGAAGGCCCAGAAUCUGCUCGUUCCCCUCUUUGCCGGCGCUGCGCUUGCAGACCAUCAUCCAGGCGCCAAAGAAAAGUGCGGCCGGCUUGGUGUUAUGGAAUGGGACCCCGCCGAGCUCCCCGACGGUGUGACCCCGGACAUGGUCCGCAUGUGCGCUGAUCACCCCAUGGGGAUGGGAAACUACUGGGGCUGGGGCGAGUACAUGCCCGACUGGGUCCCCGUCAACCCUCUGGUGUACUUGCUUGAAUGGUGGUAUGGUGACCAUGACGGCAAUGAUGGCGGUGAUGAUGGUGAGAUCGAGCUCGACCUCGACUUCGACCUGUAG